GGGCUUCCACAAGCCGGACAGAGGUUCUCGGGCUUCUUUUGCUCGCUUUUUCUGCUUCAGCGUCACCGAAUCCGGCCACCAUGUCGGACCCAGAAGCUGACAGCUUGCGAAGCACAUUUCCUUCUUACAUGGCGGAGGGCGAGCGGCUGUAUCUGUGCGGAGAGUUCUCUAAAGCCGCCCAUAGCUUCAGCAACGCUCUUCACCUUCAGAAUGGAGAUAAGAACUGCCUGGUUGCCCGAUCCAAGUGCUUCCUGAAGAUGGGAGAGCUGGAGAAAUCCCUGAAGGAUGCUGAGGCUUCACUCCAGGGUGACCCGACUUUCUGCAAGGGAAUUUUACAAAAGGCUGAGACCCUGUAUACCAUGGGAGACUUUGAGUUUGCCCUGGUGUUCUAUCAUCGAGGCUACAAGCUGCGGCCUGACCGAGAAUUCAAAGUUGGAAUUCAGAAAGCCCAGGAAGCCAUCAACAACUCAGUGGGAAGUCCUUCUUCAAUUAAGCUAGAGAACAAAGGGGACCUCUCCUUCUUAAGCAAGCAGGCUGAGAGUAUGAAAGCCCAGCAGAAGCCUCAUCCCAUGAGACACCUCUUACAUCACCCCAAGAGAGAGUCCAAGCGGAAGGGCCCGCUCAAGAGUGAGAAGAUUGUCCGCCAGCUCCUGGGCGAGCUCUACGUGGACAAGGAAUACCUGGAGAAGCUCCUAUUGGAUGAAGAUCUGAUCAAAGGCACCAUCAAGCAUGGCCUGACUGUGGAGGACCUCAUCAUGACAGGCAUCAACUACCUGGACACCCGCAGUAACUUCUGGAGACAGCAGAAGCCCAUUUACGCCAGGGAGCGGGACCGGAAGCUGAUGCAAGAGAAAUGGCUGCGGGACCGCAAGCGCCGUCCCUCGCAGACAGCCCGUUACAUCCUCAAGAGCCUCGAGGACAUCGACAUGUUGCUGACCAGUGGCAGUGCUGACGGGAGCCUUCAGAAAGCCGAGAAAGUGCUGAAGAAAGUGCUGGAAUGGAACAAAGAGGAGGUGCCCAACAAGGACAAGCUGGUUGGAAACUUGUACAGCUGCAUAGGGAAUGCCCAGAUUGAGCUGGGGCAGAUGGUUGCAGCACUGCAGAGCCACAGAAAGGACUUGGAGAUCGCCCAGGAAUAUGACCUUCCUGAUGCAAAGUCGAGAGCCCUUGACAACAUUGGCAGAGUUUUUGCCAGAGUUGGGAAAUACCAGCAAGCCAUUGACACGUGGGAGGAGAAGAUCCCUCUGGCAAAAACCACCCUGGAGAAGACCUGGCUGUUCCACGAGAUCGGCCGCUGCUACUUGGAGCUGGACCAGGCCUGGCAGGCCCAGCAUUACGGUGAGAAGUCCCAGCAGUGUGCCGAGGAAGAAGGGGACAUCGAGUGGCAGCUGAAUGCCAGCGUUCUGGUGGCACAGGCACAAGUCAAGCUGAGAGACUUCGAGUCGGCCGUGAGCAACUUUGAGAAAGCCCUGGAGAGAGCGAAGCUGGUCCACAACAACGAGGCGCAGCAGGCCAUCGUCAGCGCCUUGGAUGAUGCCAACAAGGGCAUCAUCGAGGAGCUGAAGAAGACGGACUACAGGGAGAUGCUGAGAGAAAAAAGAGAGAGAGAAGAGGCUGCUGAAUCAGAAACUUUGAGAGCGGCAGAGGCAGGGAAGGAGAAGGAUAGCACCAGAAGAGGGAGAGACGAGCCUGAGAAGGUGGUGAAGCACUGGGAGCGAGAGCCCACUGACAGUGAGAAAGAGACAGAAGAUGAGUUGUCUCAGGAAACUCUGAAGGUCACAGCGAGUGGACAAGAAGAAAACAGGCAGAGAGAAGUAGGGGAAGCCGGCUCCUUGAGAACAGGGCUGGGAGCCGUAGGGCGAGACUCAGGAGAUGCUGCCAGGAGAGUGUCCGGAGACCUGGGCGCAGGAAACGAAGGAGAGGAGGAGGGGAAACCGUCAGAACUGGGCAGAAUGGAAUCAAGGGAAAUUUACAGGAGGCCUUCAGAGCUGGACCAGAAACCCUCGGGAGAAUUAAGCAGAAGGGAGUCGGAAGGACUGGAGAGUCAAGUUUCAGAAGACAGCAGAAGACACUCAGAAGAAAUAGGGAAAACAGACCUGGGAGAAGCAGAAGUGACAAAGGCAGAAAAUGGUGAAAACGUGGAAGAAGGUGAAAAAGAUGAAUGAAGCAGCACGCAUCAGGACCAGGGGCCUCGGGGAUCUUAUUCAACUGGACUUGAAAUUUCAAGCUGAGAUUUGUCUUUCAUAGAACACGUGGACUGGGCUCCGCAGGUCGCCUCUGCCUCUUUCCGUUACUGUUUUCCCUUUCAAUAGAUACCUUUCACUCUUACAAACCCUGAGUCUGUCAUUUUGCCUCCCUGCUCACCCAUAAGAGCCUUAGAGAAUGAGGACCCAGCUCGGAGUACCACUCUCCACGCAGAACACGGACCUUACUCUGGCCAGGUGACAAACACAGACUCCAAGCAAGGCCUGACCCAGAGUGGGAAAGGUGGGAAAUGUGUUCCUCUCCCUGGGGCCUGUCCAAGGACCUCAUGGAAGAAAUGAUAGGGGUGCUAAGCAGAAAGUGUUUCAGGAUGGUGAAGAAACAGGCACGCUCCAAGGGGACCAGGCUCGCUUGAAGAGGGGAAGCAAAGGAAAGGCCUGGGAGUAGAGGUACAUCUCCGCAGCCACUGGCCAUCGGUUCAUGUUGCCGAGAGCCUGCUGUGGUCAGGGCACUGUGGGAGGCUUGAGGGAAGUGGUGACGAUGGGACACGCUGAAGCCUGGCAGGCACAAUGAAGUGAAUGCUGGCACUGAUAGGGGCUUUGUGCUCGAGGAGCCGAGAGGACGCGAGUUCCCGCCCGAGAACAGGGAGCAGUUCUCAGCAGGCGUGGCGGCUGGACUCCACCUGUGCCACCUCCAGACAGUACAGCCAAGUAAGUCAGGCUCCGCAAGCUGGUUUCCUCCUCCGUAGAACCGGUAUCCGCCUCCGAGUGCUCACCGCAGCACUCGGUACGCGGGAAGCUCUCCAAAAUCCGACGAGCUUUCGGUGGCUUCGCAGAGGAGGUGGCGGCUGAACAGCUGCCUCAGAGGACGAGCUAGGAUUGAACUACAUUAUUCAUCUGUGCCCCUGCUAUUGCCAUCCCGGUUCCAUCUCUACAGUCCUUGGAAGGGUUAGGGCUGAAGUUAGGCUAGCUAGAACCAGACCCCGACUAAUGUGAGGCGAGUGAGGCAUUAUUUGCAAUAUUUCACGGGGCGCCAUGAA